UUCCCGUCCAACAGGUGUCAACAUUUUGGCGGUUAGGAACAAUGAUUUCGAGUAGUGGUGCUGACUCAAGAUCCGUUAGUAAUUUCGAGUUGAAAGCUAUCAAUGCAAUUGAUAAUCGCCGUUUCUGUCGUGGAUUGAAGAGUUUGUUCCUGGAGUAUUGCUCGAACAGUACCAUUCAUGGGAUUAAAUACUUUGGAUGUAAAAGGCGAACCAUCUACGAGAAAGUUUGGUGGGUGGUCACGUUUCUGAUAUCGGUGUACGGAUGUAGUCAGUUGAUUCAGAAUAUCUACCGUAAAUGGGAUCAAACGCCGGUGAUUGUGAGUUUUAACGAGAAGAGCACUCCGGUGUGGCAGAUUCCAUUUCCGGCGGUUACGAUUUGUCCCGAGACGAAGGCCAAGACGCAGUAUCUGAAUUUCACCUCGUUAUACCAUCUGGUUCAGAAUGAAACUGAGAAAGAGUCGCUGGAUCCGGAAAGCUACGAUCGAUUCAGAGCUUUGGCUCAGGUUUGUGAUGCUCACAUUACGCGAAAUUUCCUUCUUAAUCAAACGGUGGAUAGUGAAUGCGUGAAUUGGUUAAAGAACAUUUCUGUUUCCAAGGAAGAGAUGUUAAUGUUCUGCAAAUGGAGGAAUGAAGCGUCGUCGUGUGACGAUAUGUUUUCGGAAACGCUGACCGAGGAAGGAAUCUGUUAUACGUUCAAUUCGCUAAGUGCAGAAGAUUUGUUAAGGCAAGAAAUGUUGCACAUGGAUUAUCAGUAUGUUACUAAGAAUUUUUCGUCAACUCAAUGGUCACUGGAAACUGGAUAUCGAGAGGAUGCCGAUAUUGAUACUUAUCCCGUAAGGGUUCUAGGGGCUGGAGCACGUGCAGGAUUAAAUAUUCUACUGAGGUUAUACAACUAUGAUUUGGAUUAUCUGUGUCGUGGUCCUGUGCAAGGUUUUAAAGUAUCGCUGCAUACAUCUGGAGAGUACCCUCAGGUAUCCAAGCAGUACUUCCGAGUGCCACUUCACCAAGAGGUAAUCAUAUCGGUUAAGCCGGAGAUGAUAACCACUUCCGAAGGUUUGCGCCAUUACGCUCCACACCGCCGCCAGUGCUACUUCAACUACGAACGCCGGCUCAAGUACUUCAAGGUGUACACGCAGCAGAACUGCGAACUGGAAUGCAUCACCAAUUUUACGCUGAAGACCUGUGGGUGUGUGAAAUUUUCGAUGCCCCGCGAAGAGGGAACGGAAAUCUGCGGGGCCAGCCAGAUCGAGUGCUACAACGAAGCCGAGGACGAGCUGCUGAGCCACGAAGUCAAGUACACGGUGGACAAGCGGUACGAUUUCCGGGCCAAGUGUGACUGCUUGCCGGCGUGCGUCUCGGUGCAGUACGAUGCGGAGAUUUCCCAGGCGGAUUUUAAUUGGAAGGACCUUUUUCAUGCUUACAAGAGUCCGCUGGAGGAGUUUCCCGGAGUGCAACUGGCCCGACUUACGAUCUACUUCAAGGAGGCACAAUUCAUCACAUCCAAGCGCAGUGAGCUGUACGGUGUAACGGAUUUCCUGGCCAACUGUGGUGGCCUGCUGGGGCUGUUCAUGGGAGUCAGCUUGUUGAGUCUGGCGGAGAUUGUGUACUUUUGCUCGAUUCGUCCAUUUACCAUACUCCGAUCUUAUCGGACAAAGCAAGUGCAGCCGAAGCCAGUGGCGCCUUUUCUGGCUCCUGUUUUUGAUAUUGAGAAAACGAAAGAAAAUUAAGUAGUGUAAAUACUUAAAUUUACGGUAAAUUUAGCAGUGUCAAACUAGAUUUUUAAAAAGAAAGUAAGAAGAACUGUAUGUUUGUUCUUGUUGGUAAAUAUUUGAAUUGAUUCUUCAUGUUUUCAUACUAAAUUAUUCUUAUCAAUAGCGUUGAAAAUAA